AGAUCCGAUCGCAUGACGAAAGUGAAAAGUCUCACUCACCGCUCCAUAUUGCGCUUUUCGCAGUUCACUCAAUUCACUUUGCUGCAAAGUACCCGCUCGGACCACCGUUACUGCCUGUACACGUCACUGGACCAGAAGAAUUGAGUGCAGCAACUGAUUCACUUCGAGUCCCUAUCUCAUAUAUAGUCUUCGCCCACCUCUAACUUUCUACCUUCCUACAACCUUUUCUCUUGUGACAAACUGUGACAUUCUCUCAGCUUGUCAAUAAGAGACCUGUUACAUCAUACUCUGUCUUCAUCGCUUCGUUCACCGCUCAGAUCUCGUGUACAGUACGCGAUACUCGGCCGAUUGUACAAUGUCUUCAUCUCCAAUCGACGUUCCAGCUUCUGUGGACUCUGCGGCGAAUAUGGAUGAAUCUUCGGCUCCUGUCGGUCCUUCAGCUCCCAUCGACAUUCCUAAUGCUAAGGUCGAAGGCAGCCGCAAAGGUAAGAUCGUUUCUCUCAGUCCUAUCAGCCGCAGGCUGUGGUCCAAUCGAAAGCUGAUCGCGUUUGGUGAAGAUGGCAAUCCAUUUCCGGAUGGACCUCCACCAAGCUCAACUCCGUCUGCCGCCCAAGUCAUGACUGCGUUCAACCUUCCGAUUCGCCGUCGCUCUGACACUGUGAGCACCGAUUCUAGCAGCACUGUUGGCGCGACUGUCCCUGUCAACACUCCCGGACCUCGUUCUAUCACCGGCUUCGCUGGUGAGCCAGUCCAGAUGAGUCUUCCCGUCGACGUUUCCCGCGUCGCUACUCGCCUCGAUGCCAUUGAAGAGCAUCACAACGACGCCGUGAGCCUUGAUUUCAGCAGACAUGGUCGUACCAACCCCGACAACAGUCCAUUCGGCUCGCCAACUCCCAGUCUAUACGCUCAACCGACAGUACCCAUGUUGGGUUCUUCUUUCCACACCAUCAUUGCCGCUGAGUCUAGCGUUACGUCUCCGCGUUCCGUCAGGUCCGCCACACCCUCCAUCUCAGAGGGUGAUACUGAAGGUAAUCGAGGACUUAUCCACGUUGCUCUCGGAAGCCCUCGUAGCCGAGUACUUCUUCCAGACAUCAGCUCACGCAUGUCAGGCUCCCCUCGCCGUGUCGCUCUCUCCACUUCGCUGGCCACCCUCCGCCCGGACAACGCGUCCAGACUCCGGCUGAUCCUCCCUGGCCAACUUGGCCACCCUGGCCCCUGUGGUCCGGGAGUCUACGAACACACGGAUUGGUCCAACUACGCCUUCGAGGAUGUAGAGAAGGGCCUCGUCAAGCUCGAGAACCUGGCGCAGGACUUGUCCGAGCGCGAGCCACGCUUCUCAAAGGAGGAGCAUUACCGUGUCCUGCUGACCGAGGCCCUGAACAAGCAGGGUCGCAUCAACCCAUUCCGCGGCAACGUGGGUGGGAUUUCCGUACCAAGCCUCGCAGAGUUCGAGGAGCUGAAGCUCCGAAUGGAGCAGUUGGAGGAGGUGGUGAGGGGGAUGAGGGGGGUUUGA